AUGGGAUUUGGUAAAAAAAAAGUUUCUUACUUUUAUGACGAGGAUGUCGGAAAUUACCACUAUGGUCCACAACAUCCUAUGAAGCCGCAUCGUGUGCGAAUGGUUCACAACUUGGUCGUGAACUACAAUUUGCACGAAAAAAUGAAUGUUAUUACACCUGUUCGGGCUACACUAAACGAUAUGACUCGCUGCCAUACUGAUGAAUACAUUGACUUUCUACAUCGAGUUACGCCAGAUACCAUGGAAAAGUUUCAACCCCAUCAGUUAAAGUUCAAUGUCGGCGACGAUUGUCCAGUAUUUGAUGGCCUCUAUGAAUUUUGCUCAAUCUCCGCUGGUGGAUCGAUCGGUGCGGCUCAAGAAUUGAAUUCUGGUAACGCUGAAAUUGCAGUCAAUUGGGCUGGUGGUUUGCAUCAUGCAAAGAAAAGAGAAGCCUCGGGUUUUUGUUAUGUUAACGAUAUCGCCCUUGCAGCAUUGGAACUUUUGAAAUAUCAUCAACGUGUUCUUUAUAUAGACAUCGACGUCCAUCAUGGCGAUGGUGUAGAAGAAUUUUUCUAUACGACUGACCGAGUUAUGACUUGUUCUUUCCACAAAUUCGGCGAAUACUUCCCUGGAACUGGUCACAUCAAGGAUACCGGUAUUGGGGUUGGUAAAAACUAUGCAGUAAAUGUACCUUUGAGAGACGGAAUAAAUGAUGAAAAUUAUGAAAGUGUUUUUAAGCCAAUCAUUAGCCAUAUUAUGCAAUGGUUCCGACCAGAAGCAGUCAUUCUACAGUGCGGUACAGAUUCGUUAGCUGGUGAUCGACUUGGCUGCUUUAAUUUGUCAAUGAGAGGUCAUGCCUCGUGUGUUCGGUUUUUGAAGAGUUUCAAAGUGCCUCUGAUUUGUGUGGGCGGUGGUGGCUACACAGUUAGAAAUGUCGCUCGUGUUUGGACUUAUGAAACAGGAAUUCUUAACGAUGAAGAAUUGGAUGAAAAUUUGCCGUAUAACGAUUAUCUACAGUAUUAUGGACCUGACUAUAAAUUGAAUGUCUUGCCGAACAAUAUGGAAAAUCACAAUUCACGACCAUAUCUAGAUGCUACAAUUGCGGAAAUUAUAGAGAACCUAAGGAGCCUGGCUUUUGCUCCAAGUGUACAAAUGCAGCCACGGCCUCAAGAUUUUACUUUUGAGAAAAAAGAGGAGCAGAAGGUUGCUACGGAAGAGAUUAUGGAUGAACGAGUAUGA